GAAUUAAUGGAUUAUCGAAUUGGUUCAGCAAGUAUGAGUGAUUUAGAAAGUGCCAAAUUGGUAGCAAAGAAAUUGUUUGAGACAUAUGAUAGAGAUAGAAAUGGAGUUAUUGAUACAACUGAGACUAUACCUAUGAUAGUUGAUGCAUAUAAAUCAUUUAACAGAAGUUUUUAACCAACAAGAGGAGAUAUUGAUAGUUAUUCAAAAGUAAUGGAUAGAAAUGGAGAUGGCAAAGUUACAUAUUAAGAUAUAGAAGAAUUAUGCAUCAAAUAUUUAUGUCCUUAAUUUUCAUAAUAAUAAAGAUAAUAAAUUAAUAAACCAUAAGAUCCUAGAAUAGAUGUUGCUAGAAGAGUAUUUAGAAAAUAUGAUACUGAUAAUUCUGGCUUCUUGAAUGUUUAGGAAAUACAAAAAAUGGUAGCAGAAGCAUACAGAUCUAUGGGAUUAGCUUAACCAACAUAUAAAGAUAUUUAAACUUGGUUAGAUGCAGCUGAUACUAAUAAAGAUGGUUUUAUAUCUCUUUAAGAGUUUGAAUAAUUUGUCUUAAAAAGCUUAUGA